AUGAACUACCUGCGGCGCCGCCUGUCCGACAGCAACUUCAUGGCCAAUCUGCCAAAUGGGUACAUGACAGACCUGCAGCGCCCGCAGCCGCCCCCGCCGCCACCUGCUGCCCCCAGCCCUGCGGCCACGCCCGGCCCCGCGACUGCCUCUACCGAGAGGGCCUCCUCGGCCGCCCCCGUGGCCUCCCCGGCCGCCCCGAGCCCUGGGUCCUCAGGAGGCGGGGGCUUCUUCUCGUCGCUGUCCAACGCAGUCAAGCAGACCACUGCGGCGGCCGCCGCCACCUUCAGCGAGCAGGUGGGCGGCGGCUCUGGGGGCGCAGGUCGUGGGGGCGCCGCCGCCAGGGUGCUGCUGGUCAUCGACGAGCCCCACACCGACUGGGCGAAAUACUUCAAAGGGAAAAAGCUCCAUGGAGAAAUUGACAUUAAAGUAGAACAGGCUGAAUUCUCUGAUCUCAAUCUCGUGGCUCACGCCAAUGGUGGGUUCUCUGUGGACAUGGAAGUUCUUCGGAAUGGGGUGAAGGUGAUGAGGUCUCUGAAGCCGGACUUUGUGCUGAUUCGUCAGCAUGCCUUCAGCAUGGCAAGGAAUGGAGACCACCGCAGUUUGGUCAUCGGGCUGCAGUAUGCUGGAAUCCCAAGCGUUAACUCUUUGCACUCUGUCUACAACUUCUGUGACAAGCCCUGGGUGUUUGCCCAGAUGGUUCGACUGCACAAGAAACUGGGGACAGAGGAAUUCCCUCUGAUCGAUCAGACCUUCUACCCCAAUCACAAAGAGAUGCUCAGCAGCACAACAUACCCUGUGGUUGUGAAGAUGGGGCAUGCGCACUCCGGGAUGGGCAAGGUCAAAGUGGAAAACCAGCAUGACUUCCAGGACAUCGCAAGCGUCGUAGCGCUGACCAAGACGUAUGCCACUGCUGAGCCCUUCAUCGACGCCAAGUAUGAUGUUCGCGUCCAGAAGAUUGGGCAGAACUACAAGGCCUACAUGAGGACAUCAGUGUCGGGAAACUGGAAGACCAACACGGGCUCUGCCAUGCUCGAGCAGAUCGCCAUGUCUGACAGGUACAAGCUGUGGGUGGACACGUGCUCAGAGAUUUUUGGGGGACUGGACAUCUGCGCAGUGGAAGCACUGCAUGGCAAGGACGGAAGGGAUCACAUCAUUGAGGUGGUGGGCUCCUCCAUGCCGCUCAUUGGCGACCACCAGGACGAAGACAAGCAGCUCAUCGCAGAGCUUGUGGUCAAUAAGAUGGCCCAGGCCCUGCCCCGGCAGCGGGAUGUCUCCCCGGGCAGGGGUUCCCACAGCCAGACUCUGUCCCCAGGGGCCCUGCCCUUGGGCCGCCAGACCUCCCAGCAGCCCUCGGGGCCCCCGGCUCAGCAGCGACCCCCGCCACAGGGUGGCCCUCCGCAGCCCGGCCCGGGCCCCCAGCGCCAGGGACCUCCGUUGCAGCAGCGUCCGCCCCCCCAGGGCCAGCAGCACCUCUCAGGCCUUGGACCCCCAGCUGGCAGCCCCCUGCCCCAGCGCCUACCGAGUCCCACAUCAGCGUCCCAGCAGCCUAUGUCCCAGGGCCCGCCACUGACCCAGGGUCAAGGCCGCCAGUCCCGGCCAGUGGCAGGAGGACCGGGGGCACCUCCAGUAGCCCGCCCGCCUGCCUCCCCAUCUCCCCAGCGCCAGGCAGGCCCCCCACAGGCUACCCGCCAGACAUCCAUCUCUGGUCAGGCUCCACCAAAGCCCUCUGGGGCUCCACCGGGUGGUCAGCAGCGCCAGGGCCCACCCCAGAAGCCGCCAGGCCCUACUGGCCCCACCCGCCAGGCCAGCCAGGCGGGUCCCAUGCCCCGCACUGGGCCACCCACCACACAGCAACCUCGACCCAGCGGUCCAGCGGGGCCCGGGCGUCCCGCCAAGCCACAGCUGGCUCAGAAACCUAGCCAGGAUGUUCCGCCACCUGCUACGGCUGCUGCCGGGGGACCCCCGCACCCCCAGCUCAAAACCAGCCCCGCCCAGGCCCAGCCUUAG